AAUAAUUAUUUUGUGACUUUUGAAAACGUCACUACGGUAUACGAUAGUUAUUCCAUAAAUUAAACAUAAAGUUUAUACAGAUAGAUAUGACGCGAAUAUAAAUACAACAAUAUAUUUUAGGAUUUACUUUGGUAUAAAAUUAAAACUUAUAGGUGGCAUAACGAGGUGAAACUUUAAAAAAAACAAAAUAUGACGCUUAAUUAUUUUCGCCAACUUUCAAGACCUGUAAGCGCUCAAAUUUCAAUGAUAAACGUUCAACGAACACUAAGUACUACGCAACCGGUGAGACUUGGCAUGAUACCGAUAGUUGUGGAACAGACCGGCAGAGGGGAGCGUGCUUAUGAUAUCUAUUCGAGACUACUUCGUGAAAGAAUAAUUUGUCUCAUGGGACCGAUAAAUGAUGACAUUAGUUCCUUAGUAGUUGCUCAGUUGCUGUUUCUUCAAUCUGAAUCUAGUAAAAAACCCGUGCAUCUCUACAUCAACUCUCCGGGUGGUAAUGUGACUUCUGGCCUUGGUAUAUACGACACAAUGCAAUACAUAACACCACCAGUAGCUACUUGGUGUGUCGGACAAGCUUGUAGUAUGGCAUCUCUACUUUUAGCCGCUGGAGCUCCAGGUAUGCGUCACGCAUUACCAAAUUCACGUAUAAUGAUUCACCAGCCAUCAGGUGGUGUUAGAGGGCAAGCCACAGAUAUUCAAAUACAAGCGGAAGAAAUUCUAAAAUUAAAAGCUCAAAUAAAUAACCUAUAUGUUCGUCAUACAGGGUUAGCUAAAGAAAAAGUGCAAAGUUCAAUGGAACGUGAUUACUUCAUGUCACCAAUCGAAGCUAAGGCAUUCGGAUUAAUUGAUAAUAUUCUAGAACAUCCCCCAUCACACGCUAUGGAAAGUGACUGUACAUCGACAUCCACAACCCCUAGUGCAGCACCUACUACAGAUUAACUAUUUAUUGUAAUAAAUAACUAGGCUUUUUAAUUGUUAUGGGUAUAAUAUAUGCAAGUUAAAUUUUUAA